AUGCCAUUCACUUUCAUCAACAGAAAUACAAGAAACUUCGGGCGCAACAGUGAGAUAGCGGCCAUCAACGCUCACCAUGCCUACACCAAACACGCGAAAAGACGCGAGGCAAUAAAAGAGGCUGCCCGAAGGCGCAAUGCUGAGCUUUUGAGCUACGUCGAGGCAUCGCAUGCAUCUAUGCCCCUCUUGAUCCAGCAAAUUGGUGGCUUGCGAGAUGACCCUUUCUGGACGCUCCCCGUCGAAAACACUUGCGAUGCCAUGACGGGUUUCGACUACCAUUUCCAAGUCUUGUGCCCCCUGGCAUUGAGCUUGGGCAACUACAACCAUGCACAGCAUCAGAUCAUGAGGAGCAAUGUGCUCCAAACGGCAAUGUAUUGCAGUUCAAUGAUUGCAUUGAACUUGACCAUGCAGAGGUUACAUAUGGAUAGCACAACACGUCUUUCGCGAGCUGCUCUCUACCACCUGAACAACGCAGUUGCCCAGUUGCGAGAAACUCUGCAAGAUCCGGUGGCCAGCACAAGUGACAUUGUCCUUGCCACCAUCUUCCCGAUGGCUGUUGUCUAUGUAUGGCUCCUCCGGUCCUCCCCAAACCCUGCCAGUUCCCAAGGUUGGUUUGUGGCAUUGUUGACAUAA